AUGGCUUCCUUGCAAUUGCAAAGAGCCAUAGAGAGCCCAACACUUGAGCUUAAAAUUGUAUCAGCCCGUGACCUAAGCCAUGUUGAUGCCGCAGACAAUAUGGACGUAUACGCCGUUAUUUCAAUUACUGGUGAAACAACUCAAAAGACACAAGCGGCCAAAACUCCCAUUGACUACGACGGUGGUUGCAAUCCGACAUGGAAUCACACCAUCAAGUUUUUGUUCAACGAAGAAGCAGCACGUGAUGGCCUAUUGACCCUCAACGUCGAGUUAUUUAGCUAUUGGCUCGAAGGGAGGGAUGACCUAUAUUUAGGAGAAGUAAACAUCUCCGUUCAGGAGCUUUUCACCCCAACCCCGCUUCCACCGUUUGCAAACGGUAACGUCAAUAAAAUGAAGCCGUUGACUUGCCCUAUCAAACCCACAGAUGGAAGAUGUACCAACGCAAGCUUGAGCCUCUUGUACCGGUUUAAACCGGCAACGGUUGAGGAUCCAUACCAUCCAGAGCCUCAGGAUCAUUCCCCAUCGAUUGGUCAACCCGUUUAUCCAAACCCGGAUCCAGGUCAUCAGCCGGUUGUAUAUUCACCUCGAAUUCAAACGGGUACAACAAAACUGGACCUGGAGGUCGUGAUCAAAUACGCCAAGGACAUCAAAGAUGUCAACGCCUUUUCAGUGAUGGAUGUAUACGCAUCCGUUGCUAUCCUUAAGGACAGGAAGGUGAAGGACAGGAUUAACACCCCUGUCAAUUUCGCAGCCGAUACAAACCCAAAGUUGAAUCAUAGGGUUAAGUUUUCUCUCGAUGAAAAUUUAGCUCAAGAAGGGCGUUUGAUCCUCCUUGUUGAAAUGAUGAGCCACAGGCCUUUUCUUGGUGAUAAGGAGAUCGGAUUUGUAAGACUUCCGAUUCAACAGCUAUUAGCUUUGAAUCCACCUACUCCGUUAAAAAACGGUGAAGGUAACGGUAUGAAGUUGGAGACGCACGCUUUGACCGGUCCUUAUGGGAAGAAGGGUGUCGUGAACUUCACGUAUAGGUUUUUAACGGAACAAGUUACAUUUUCAACGGUUCCACUACCAUCAACCACAACAUCCCAGCCACAUAUGUAUCUUCCGGUCUCGCCUCACUCAUAUGCGUCGUCGGAUCCGGUUCAGGUGACCUCGAGUUACGUGCCUGUUCAACAAGGUGGAAAUGCUGGGCCAAGCAACGGUCUAGUACCAAUUUACAUGCCAACGCCAUAUCAACCACAUGCCUACCAACAAUAUCCAACACUGCCGGUGCAACCCUAUCCGCAUCCGCAGCCACCACCACAACUUUAG